CCAGCUCAUCGCCUUUGCCCGCAAUGAUGUCAGGAGAACCCCUGCACGUGAAGACCCCCGUCCGUGACAGCAUGACCCUGUCCAAAGUGGCUGGCACCACCGUCUAUCUCAAGAUGGACAGUGCCCAGCCCUCCGGCUCCUUCAAGAUCCGGGGCAUCGGACACCUCUGCAAGACGUGGGCUGAGCGAGGCUGUGAACAUUUUGUCUGUUCCUCGGCAGGCAACGCAGGCGUGGCAGCUGCCUAUGCGGCCAGGAAGCUGGGCAUCCCCGCCACGAUCGUCGUGCCCAGCACCACGCCUGCCCUCACCAUCCAGCGGCUCAAGAAUGAGGGCGCCAUGGUCAAGGUGGUGGGUGAGACAUUGGAUGAGGCUGUCAGGGUGGCCAAGGCCCUGCCAAAAAACAACUCAGGCUGGAUCUACGUCCCUCCCUUUGACGACCCCCUCAUCUGGGAAGGCCACUCUUCUAUCGUGAAGGAGCUGAAGGAGACGAUGAGCACAAAGCCGGGGGCCAUCGUGCUGGCGGUGGGGGGUGGAGGCCUGCUGUGCGGAGUGGCCCAGGGGCUGGUGGAGGUGGGCUGGGGGGACGUGCCCAUCAUCACCAUGGAGACCAUCGGAGCCAACAGCUUCCACGCUUCCACCAAGGCCGGCAAGCUUGUCACCCUGCCCCAGAUUACCAGUGUUGCCAAAGCCCUGGGCGUGACCACUGUGACAGCACAGGCUAUGAAGGUGUUUCAGGAACACCCCAUUUUCUCUGAAGUUGUCUCGGACCAGGAGGCUGUGGCCGCUGUUGAGAAGUUUGUGGAUGACGAGAAGAUCCUGGUGGAGCCCGCCUGUGGGGCAGCCCUGGCUGCCAUCUACAGCAACGUGGUUCAGAAGCUGCAAGGAGAGGGGAAGCUCUGCACCCCACUGUCCUCCCUCGUGGUCAUCGUUUGUGGGGGCAGCAACAUCAGCCUGGCCCAGCUGCCGGCGCUCAAGAAACAGCUGGGCAUGAAGAGCGGGCUGCCCCAGUGAGGACGCCUCCCCCUACCCGGGAGACCCCUGGAAGGGCUGGAGUUUCAUC